UUUGACAUUUUGUUGAGCCUGUGAUAGCGAUUUUAUUGUUAUGUCAAUAAAUCGUGUGCUUUCUAAAUUUCUUACAAAAAUAAUCAAGGUUUAAAUCUCUAAUCAUAGUUCAAUAUAAGAGCCAAAUUGAGUUAAGUAGUAUAUGCGUAAUAACUCACGAACUGCAACUACACAAACAUGAAUAAAAAACCGAUAUCUUUCGGAAAAAUAAGUUUUAAAACCAAGUCACAGGAAGAAGGCACAAAAGAUGCCUCAUCAUCAGGUUUCGGUACAUUCGGACGCACACCCAUCCAAGAGCAUAAGGAAAUCGAGGAAAUAGCGGAAGACCUGGAAAGCCAACAUGUACACAGCGUAAUGGGGAUCAAAAAACUUCUAAAAAAGGCCAAAAACUUCAACUUACAAGAGAUGCUGGAACAGGCUAGAAAAACUGCACAGGAAACCAGUAAAAAGAAGUUGGAAGACCCUAAACCUGCACCAGAAACAGCACAAAAAGAAGAUUUAAUUGGGCCUCCUUUACCACCAACGUUGACUGCUAAAUCACAAGAUAGUAGUGAUGAUGAUGAAGAUAUAAUAGGCCCUCCAGUGCCACCAAAUUUAGGUGAUGAGAAGACCAAAGAUGAAGACAGUUAUGAUGAAUUGAGUGAUUCAGAUGAUGAUGAAGUUAGUUUAGAGAAAAGGAUACCAAAUUCACAUGAGGUGGAGAUGCAUCAUGGAUCCAAAGCGGUUUUGGGUCUCGCGGUGGACCCUUCAGGUGCCCGGCUGGCUACAGGCUCUAUAGAUUAUGAAGUGUCAUUCUGGGAUUUUGCAGGUAUGGAUUCAUCGAUGCGUUCCUUCCGAACACUGCAACCAUGCGAGAACCACCCAAUCAAGGCAUUGCAGUACUCUUCGACUGGUGAUUCUAUUCUGGUUGUCAGUGGAUCAGCCCAGGCCAAGGUGCUGGACAGAGACGGAUUUGAGGUUCUGGAGUGUGUUAAAGGAGACCAGUAUAUAACUGACAUGGCUAGAACGAAAGGUCACACAGCCUCACUCAACAGUGGCUGCUGGCACCCACACAUCCGGGAAGAAUUCAUGACAUGUUCCCAAGAUGGCACUCUAAGACUCUGGCUAACAGACAACCCAAAGCAGCACAAAGCUGUAAUCAAACCUCGACAGCAAGGCGGCUUGAAAACCAACCCCACAGCCUGCGCCUUUUCCAAAGACGGGAACACUGUUGCCUGCGGUUGUUAUGACGGAUCUAUACAAAUGUGGGACCAUAGGAAAAAUUAUGUCAAUACUACAACUCUACUGAGAGACGCACAUCAGAAGCAAUCGGAGAUAUCAAGCAUUUCAUUCUCAUAUUUAGGAACCUAUUUGGCCAGCCGGGGGAAUGAUGACAGGUUAAAGUUAUGGGAUCUAAGGAACUUCAAACCAUUGAAUGUGUUUGAUAAUCUGUUUUCAAGGUACGAACAGACUGACUGUGCCUUUAGUCCAGACGAUACGAUGGUGUUUACUGGAGAGUCGUUGCAGAGAGGCCAGGAUGUUGGUAGACUAUUAUUCUUCAACACUAAAACGUUCGACAAAGUCACAAGUAUAGAUGUGACGGAAUCUCACGUAAUCAAGGCUAUAUGGCACGCGAAACUUAACCAAAUCUUCGUGGGAUGUGGAAAUGGUGUGGUGAAAUGCUAUUAUGACAAAAAGACCAGCCUCCGAGGAGCAAAACUGUGCAUAGUGAAGACACAUAGGAAGAAGCAUUCGGUAGAAGUAGUCAGCACGCAGCAAAUCAUAACUCCUCAUGCGUUACCACUCUUCAGGCAAGAGAAACUACGAACAAGCAAGAAAAAGAUGGAGAAGGACAGGCUAGAUCCUGUGAAGUCCCACAGACCUGAUCUGCCAAUCACGUCAGGUCAGGGAGGCCGUGUGGUUGCUUCUGGAAGUACCCUCAGCUCCUUCGUCAUCAGAAAUCUAGGGUUAAGCAAGAGGGUUGAUGAUGAACAGGAUCCUCGGGAGGCUAUCCUGAAGUAUGCCAAGGAGGCGGAGGAGAAUCCAUUCUGGGUGGCGCCGGCUUAUAAGAAAACACAGCCUCAGCCAAUUUUUCAGAAUGCUGAUGAAGAAGGCCCUUCAGAUCCAAAGAAGCCAAAAUCGUAGUGUAAAUAAAUAAAUUAUAUCAAACUGG